AUGCACUGGGAUAAGUUGGCGGAGAAGAAGUCGCAAAGUCUAUAUGCUGCCUGGUUGAACUAUCUUCUCAAACAAUCCCCAGCCUUGCCUCUCGAGCUUGCCUCCAAGCUUCAUCGUGGUUUUCGAGCAACCAGAGCUUCAGAUUUCACAACUGGCGCAUUCAAUAUGUGCUGUACUGUCACCUUUGAAGACGGUUUCAAUGCUCUUGUUAGAUUUCCCAUCCUGGGCCGAAGCCGCUUCCGCUGUGAAAAAACUAGCGACGAGACCUCAGUGAUGGCCUUUAUUGCUCGAUUCACAUCUAUCCCGGUCCCAACUGUCCUUGGCGCAGGACAAUGGAGUGGCGGUCCUUAUAUCAUUACAACAGUUAUUGAGGGCACUUUGCUUUCAAAACGCCUACGAGAUCCCUCUAUGUUGGCGCCAAGCUUGAAUCCGGAUGUCUCUGAGUCGGAUUUGAAGAUUGCCUACUCUGGAAUGGCUCACAUUGUGCUAGAGCUCUCCAAGCCGGUAUUCAAAUACAUUGGAGGAUUGAAAUACAACUCUGGGGGGUGGAGUGUUGCAAAGCGGCCUCUGACACUCAAAAUGAAUGAGCUUAUACGAGUUGGAAAUUUCCCUCUCAAUGAAUUUGUUGAUUACAAUCACACCUUUGAAAGCGCCUCCAAGUAUUUCCAGCAAUUAGCAGAGCAACAGUUUCUACACCUCAAAUACCAACGCAAUGAUGCCAUCACCAAUGAGGACGACUGCCGGAAGAAAUAUGUGGCUCGCUGUCUUUUCCGUCAAAUAGCACAACAGGUCCCAGUACAGCAUGGCCGAUACCACCUCUACUGUGAUGAUUUGCGCCCAUCGAAUGUCCUUGUCACGGAGUCUGAUUUGAGGGUUACUGGUGUCAUUGACUGGGAGUAUACAUAUGUUGCGCCUGCUGAAUUUACAUACAGUGCUCCAUGGUGGCUCCUAUUUGAAAGCCCUGAGGCUUGGGACCUGGACAAUUUCAUGGAUCGAUACCGCCCUCGCCUUGAACUAUUUCUUAAGGAGCUCCGUGUCCAUGAAGACGAACAGAUUCAUCAAGGUAGUCUAAAGGAAUCACAGCGUCUUUCAGAAAGGAUGGCGCUCUCUAUCAAAGAUGGGCUCUUUUGGUUUUGUCUUGCAGCCAGGAAUAGCUUCAUGUUUGAUGAGAUCUAUUGGACAUUUCUUGACGAACAAUACUUUGGGCCUUUGAGCUCUCUUGGCGAUCGGCUUUCCUGUUUAACACAAGAUGAGCAGGACCAGAUGGAGGAUUUUGUUCGGGCAAAGAUGCAGCAGAUAGAGGAAAGGAGGUUGGAUGAACAUCAAACAUUUGGUCAAGUUUUUGAGUUAUAG